GAGGCCGAAGCCCAGCGGCCCAGUAACAGCGGCGCAGCGCUGCCCCAUCGCACCAUGGCGAAAGCAGUGCUCGCCCUCGUCGCAACCACAACAUGGGCUGCCCCCAUCGUCUACUUCCGGCCCAAGGAGAUGGAGCCGGCUCCCGAAGGGGCUGCUCAGCUCGAGGCCCCGGGCAACUGGUUCUCGGUGAACAACGAGAUGAAGCUGUUACCUGAAGUGAUGUCCAAACUCACUUUUGAGGUGCGGGACCAUGCGGCGCCCGGUGAUUUGGAGGCUGAAGAGGAAUUGAGGAAAAACGCGCACUGGGGGAGGCUCUAUGUCGAGGGCUGGCCGGCGUCGAUGCAGUACCUACGAGGGCAUUUUGGGGAACAUUUGCCCGUUGGGAGGUUGCCUCUUGUCGCUGCCGAGCCUCUGGACCUUUGUAGUUCUUUGAGCGAGGACAUUGUCGCACGGAUCAAUGCGAAACCACAUACAGUGGUAGCGAAGCGGGGCACUUGUACGUUUGGUACGAAAGCUACCUACCUAGCGGAAAGUGUGGAAGACAACGCUUCUCUAGCAACAUUACUGUUAGUAAACAAUGAGCCGGGCAACCAGCACGCGCCGGGCCCCGACGCCCACGAGGUGCAGGCUAGUGUAGCCAUGGUCGCCGAGUGGGAGGGCGACGCCCUGCUCGAGGAGAUGAAUGCAUCGUCCUACGAAGCGACGUUCGUGCCCAUCAAUUGUAUCGAGUCCUCGGAGACGAAACAAACACAAAGCCUAUGCGAGCCGGCCGCGGCGAGCGACGCGACGUACGUCCAAGAAGAUCGAGUGGAUGGCGGGGUCCUGACAGUAUCGGGAGAGACGUUUGAGUAUUUACUAGCAGAAUUUGGCCGGCCCUUCCGCGGGAUCGAGCGGAAAGUUGUGGACGUUGGCGACGGCUGUCUACCUACCAAGGACGAUUUGACGGGUGCCAUAGCUAUCGCUAGAAGAGGCGGCGGAUGCCAGUUUUUGGAGAAGGCGUGGCGGGCCCAGGAGGCGGGUGCCGCGGAAGUUUUGAUCUCGAACCGCGAUUCGACGGACGCUUUGGUAAGAGCGGGCUGCCACCCGCGCUGGGCCGCGCGCAACGUGACCGUGCCCGUGGGUCUGGUGUCGCUGGCCGCGGGUUCAGCAUUAAGGUCGGCGAAGACCGCGUCUGUCACACCCUCGCACGGCGGCCACGGCGCCGCCUGGGCCGCGCUCGAAAAAUAUGCCAAUGGCGACGCGAAGCCGCGGUCGAAGAAGGCUCAACUCAAAAAAAUCGACGCCCUGAGCGCGGAGCGCCACGGGGCCGACUAUCCUGAGAGGAGGGCGUUCCUCGCGAGCGGGAAGGACGAGUUAUAAGUACA